AUGUUCGUUGAGAGAUGGCACUCUGAGAAGUUAUAUUUUCAUAUUCGACACGGUGAGGUGUCCAUCACAUUGGACGAUGUAUCAGAGAUGAGGGGAAGACUAUUAGAACACUCCAUGGUUAUCAGAGAUGAGGCACAUAAGAUUAUGGUGACCUAUUUGGGAGUUGACCCAGGGGAUGCCCUAGAGGAGAUAGAAGACACCAGAGGGUAUCAUGCUAGGUUUGGAUUCUUAAAGAGAUUGUAUGCACAACAAGUGAGAGCGGGCAACCCUUGCUACAAUUGGAGUUUUUAUCCGGUGGAGGGGCAAGGAUGGGUUGCUUUCGAUUUGGUGUGUUGUGGUUCGAUGCAUUCUAGGCCAACCCUAAAUGGGGUUUCCCUACCUUAUUUCUCGUUGGCUGAGAUCGAGUCUCUUUCGACAAGGUUUUCUCAUGCAGAAUUAGAAGAGGUUGUCUCCGAGUUUGAUGGGAAUACGAGUGUAAAUAUUAAAGUACAUAAAGGAGCAAUUAAAACCUCAAUAGCAUUAUUUGUUGGAUUUGUUUUUGGUAUCUUUAUAGGAUUAUCAUUUCCAUCACUACCGUUAACAAAGAUGAAUCUUCCAUCAAACCUUGUUCCAUCCAUUGAUCUCACACAUGUUGAUCACAAAAUUCCUAGCAUAUAUGCACGGCAUGUUAAAAGUGGUAGACACUUGUCCAAUGAGUUUCACAAACACACUAAGAACACAAAGAUUUGGGUACCUACAAAUCCUCGAGGAGCUGAAAGGUUACCCCCUAGAAUUAUCGAAUCUCAAUCAGAUUUUUAUCUUCGUCGCUUAUGGGGUCUACCAUAUCAUGACCUAAGCAUGGAACCAAAGUAUCUUGUAACUUUUACCGUUGGUUAUGAUCAGAGAGAGAACAUUGAUGAUUCAAUAAAAAAGUUCUCUGAAAACUUCACUAUUGUGUUAUUCCACUAUGAUGAUCGUAUUAGUGAGUGGAAUCAGUUUGAGUGGUCAAAGAGAGCAAUUCAUAUCAGUGCUAGCAAGCAAACUAAAUGGUGGUAUGCUAAACGGUUUCUACAUCCUGACAUUGUGGCCUCCUAUGAUUACAUCUUUAUUUGGGACGAAGAUCUAGGGCUGGAGAAUUUUGAUGCGGAGGAGUACUUAAAAAUAGUAAAGAAAUAUGGUUUGGAGAUCUCGCAACCUGGUGUAGACCAAAGUAGUAGUUAUACAUGGGAAAUGACAAGAAAAAGGGAUGAUGUAGAAGUCCAUAAAGAAGCUGAGGAGAAAGAUGGUUGGUGUUCUAAUCCACCCGUUCCACCUUGUGCUGCAUUUGUUGAGAUCAUGGCUCCUGUAUUUUCUAGAGAUGCAUGGCGUUGUGUAUGGCAUAUGAUACAGAAUGACCUAGUUCAUGGAUGGGGUCUUGAUUUUGCUCUCAGAAAAUGUGUGGAGUCUCCUCAUGAUAGAAUAGGAGUUGUUGAUGCUCAAUGGAUUAUCCACAAAAGUAUUCCUUCACUUAACAACCAAGGGCAAGAAGAGGGUGGAAGAGAACCGGGGGAAGGGGUAAGAGAAAGGUGUCAUGAAGAAUGGCAAAUGUUCAAAAACCGUAUGGCGUAUGCAGAAAAGAAAGUGAAAUUUGAUAUAUAUAGUUAG